CAGAUAUUUUGUGAAUGCCUACUAUGUGCCAGCCUGUGCCAGGCACUGGGGACACAGGUGGAAAAGUGCGAAUUGUUCCCUGCUUUCCUGGUGCUCAUCACCCCGGAGAGAUAUGUCAUGCCCAGACCAGCAGAGGGCUCCAUGAGGAUUUAUAGAAGAUGCCCCGCGUCUCGGCGCCUUUGGUGCUGCUUCCUGCGUGGCUCAUGAUGGUCACCUGCAGCCCCCACUCCCUGAGGAUUGGCCUUUUAAACCUAGAGAAGCUGCUCCGGCAAUUCCUUAUCUCCAAGGAUACACUCUCCGUCAGGAUGCUGGAUGACACCCGGGACCCCACCCCACUCCUCAAGGAGAUCCGGGACGACAAAACAGCCACCAUCAUCAUCCAUGCCAACGCCUCCAUGUCCCACACUAUUCUCCUGAAGGCAGCUGAACUAGGGAUGGUAUCAGCCUAUUACACAUACAUCUUCACUAAUCUGGAGUUCUCACUCCAGAGAAUGGACAGCCUUGUGGAUGAUCGUGUCAACAUCCUAGGAUUUUCCAUUUUCAACCAAUCUCAUGCUUUUUUCCAAGAGUUUGCCCAGAGCCUCAACCAAUCCUGGCAAGAGAACUGUGACCAUGUCCCCUUCACUGGACCUGCGCUGUCCUCGGCCCUGCUUUUUGAUGCUGUCUAUGCUGUGGUGAUGGCAGUGCAGGAGCUGAAUCGGAGCCAGGAGAUUGGUGUGAAGCCCCUGUCUUGUGGCUCAGCCCAGAUCUGGCAGCAUGGCACCAGCCUCAUGAACUACCUACGCAUGGUAGAAUUGGAAGGUCUCACUGGCCACAUUGAAUUCAACAGCAAAGGCCAGAGAUCCAACUAUGCCUUGAAAAUCUUACAGUUCACAAGGAAUGGUUUCCGGCAGAUUGGCCAGUGGCACGUGGCAGAGGGCCUCAGCAUGGACAGCCGCCUCUACGCCUCAAACAUCUCUGACAGCCUCUUCAAUACCACCCUAGUCGUCACCACCAUCCUGGAAAAUCCGUAUUUAAUGCUGAAGGGGAACCACCAAGAGAUGGAAGGCAAUGACCGCUACGAGGGCUUCUGCGUGGACAUGCUCAAGGAGCUGGCGGAGAUCCUCCGGUUCAACUACAAGAUCCGCCUGGUCGGGGAUGGUGUGUAUGGUGUGCCGGAGGCCAACGGCACCUGGACAGGCAUGGUCGGGGAGCUGAUUGCUCGGAAAGCAGAUCUGGCUGUGGCAGGCCUCACUAUUACAGCAGAGCGCGAGAAGGUGAUUGAUUUCUCUAAGCCAUUCAUGACGCUGGGAAUUAGCAUUCUUUACCGAGUUCAUAUGGGACGCAGACCAGGCUAUUUCUCCUUCCUGGACCCCUUUUCUCCAGGCGUCUGGCUCUUCAUGCUUCUAGCCUAUCUGGCUGUCAGCUGUGUCCUCUUCCUCGUGGCUCGGUUGACGCCCUACGAGUGGUACAGCCCUCACCCAUGUGCCCAGGGCCGGUGCAACCUCCUAGUGAACCAGUACUCUCUCGGCAACAGCCUCUGGUUUCCAGUUGGAGGCUUCAUGCAGCAGGGCUCCACCAUUGCCCCUCGAGCCUUAUCCACCCGCUGUGUCAGUGGCGUCUGGUGGGCAUUCACGCUGAUUAUCAUCUCAUCCUACACGGCCAACCUGGCAGCCUUCCUGACCGUGCAGCGCAUGGAUGUGCCCAUUGAGUCAGUGGAUGACCUGGCUGACCAGACCGCCAUUGAAUAUGGCACAAUUCACGGAGGCUCCAGCAUGACCUUCUUCCAAAAUUCCCGCUACCAGACCUACCAACGCAUGUGGAAUUACAUGUACUCCAAGCAGCCAAGUGUGUUUGUGAAGAGCACAGAGGAGGGAAUUGCCAGGGUGUUGAACUCCAACUAUGCCUUUCUGCUGGAGUCCACCAUGAAUGAGUACUAUCGGCAGCGAAACUGCAACCUCACUCAGAUUGGGGGCCUGCUGGACACCAAGGGCUAUGGGAUUGGCAUGCCAGUCGGUUCAGUUUUCCGGGACGAGUUUGACCUGGCCAUUCUCCAGCUGCAGGAGAACAAUCGCCUUGAAAUCCUGAAGCGCAAGUGGUGGGAAGGGGGGAAGUGUCCCAAGGAGGAAGAUCACAGAGCUAAAGGUCUGGGAAUGGAGAAUAUUGGUGGAAUCUUUGUGGUUCUUAUUUGUGGCUUAAUCGUGGCCAUUUUUAUGGCAAUGUUGGAGUUUUUAUGGACUCUCAGACACUCAGAAGCAACUGAGGUGUCUGUCUGCCAGGAGAUGGUGACUGAGCUGCGCAGCAUCAUCCUGUGUCAGGACAGUAUCCAUCCUCGCCGGCGGCGCGCUGGGAUCCCGCAGCCCCGGCCUCCUAUCCCGGAAGAGCGGCGGCCCCGCGGCACCGCGACACUCAGCAAUGGGAAGCUGUGCGGGGCCGGGGAGCCCGACCAGCUGGCGCAGAGACUGGCCCAGGAGGCGGCCCUGGUGGCCCGCGGCUGCACGCAUAUCCGUGUCUGCCCCGAGUGCCGCCGCUUCCAGGGACUGCGAGCGCGGCCGUCCCCGGCCCGCAGCGAGGAGAGCCUGGAGUGGGAGAAGACCACCAACAGCAGCGAGCCGGAGUAGCCCGGCGACCACCGACGCGGAGCCAGGUGGGGAGGCCGCAGGGCAGGACCGGCGCCGCUGUCGCGGGGAGCUCGGACUUGUACAGCAGCCACGCUUCUCCCCGGAUUUGGGAUCCAGUCACUUUACAAAAUGGUCAAAGAGCCUGACGCCCCAGCCAGAGACACACAGUGCCCGGUCGGGGAUCGGGUCCACCCAGAGACGCCGCAACCAAGUGGCAAAGGGAUAGUGUUCCUCUUGGGCGCAAGGACCCAUCUUCUCCCAGUGGGCUUUUCCCUCCCGAAUAACAGAGUCUGGGGUGGGGGGCCCUGCCCAGACCAGUCCAACGAGUUGAUGGAAUCAUCAGUUGAACUUCCGCCCAGGAAGGGGCUAUUGUUCGUAUCCUGGGUCUAGUUCUCACAGGAAAAAAAGAAAAAUUAAAGUCAACAGGGAAGUUUUUCUUUU